GUAACCAUGGGAACAUCACAUGUAACAUGUUGACGUGUUCUCAGACUGCCGAUCAGCUGCUGGCCCGAGCGGACGCUGCUAAAGCUCUGGCUGGGGAGGCGGCGGAGAAAGGGAAGGCGACUUUCAGAGAGGCCGAAGGCAUCCUGGAGGACCUGCGAGACUUCGACCGCAGAGUGAACGACAACAAGACGGCGGCGGAGGACGCUCUGAAGAAAAUCCCCGCCAUCAACGCCACCAUCAUGGCCGCCAACCAGAAGACGCGGCAGGCGGAGGCGGCGCUCGGAAACGCAGCCGCCGAUGCCCGGGAGGCCAAGGCCAAGGCGGAGGACGCGGAGAAGAUCGCAGGAAACGUGCAGAAGGGCUCGGCGAAGACGAAGGAGGACGCAGAGAAGGCUCUGGAAGAAACCACCCAAUUGGACGGGGAGGUGUCGGCCAUGAUGGAGCAGCUGGACGACGCCGAGCAGGAACUGAACCGCAAGAAGGCCGAGGCGGCGGCGGACAUGAUGAUGGCCGGCAUGGCGUCGGACAACGCGAAGGAGGCGGAGGACAACGCCCGCAAAGCGAAGAGCGCCGUGAAGACGGUGCUGAGCACCAUCACCGAACUGCUGGACAAGCUGGGAAACAUAGAUCAGGUGGACCUGAGCAAGCUGAACCAGAUGGACGAGUCCCUGAAGCGGGCGAAGGGCUCCAUGGGCGCCAGCGAUCUGGACCGGAAGCUGACGGAGCUGAGCGACGUGGCUCGCUCUCAGGAGGAUCUCAUCAACGACUACGACCGGCAGAUCGUCCAGAUCCGCGCCGACAUCAACAACCUGAACGACAUCAAGAACACGUUACCGGAGGGCUGCUUCAACACGCCGUCCCUGGAGCGGCCCUAAACCCACCCCCCAGUCCCUCACUUUACCAAAACACUUUCACAUUUCUGUCAAAGAAGCCAACAUUUCAAGCCACGGUUUUUUUUGUUCUGUAAGAGAAGCAGCUGUUUUAGUUUGGCAGCAGCGUGGUGACGGUAGAUGAACUAAGCCGUGCAGAGAGAAAACCCAGAACCACAAACCCGACGUGACUGCACCCGCCAACAGGAACACGUAUUACCCAUCAUCCAACUCUUCCCAGUCUGUCUGCAGCUGCUGGUUCACAACCAGAAAGCACACAGUGAAGGACUCUUCUUCUGCUCCUCCAAAGCCUGCAGUAUUUCAUUCACCAGCAGAGUGUGUGUGUGUGUGUGUGUGUGUUAGAGCAAACACACACUCUGCUGCAGAGGUUAUCUUUUACAUCCUGUGUGCACAAGACCCUUAGGAUAAUAACUUUAAAGCAUAAAUAAAUAAUGUGCCACCUUCAUGUUGGUAAGUAGUGAUUGAAGCCUCCUCAGUAAGUGAAGCCUACAUUUACCAGCAUGCAUUGCGUCACAUUCAUUUAACGCUGUGCUGUGACAGUGACAUCUCCUGCUGUAGUUGAACCUGAUUGGACGACAGCUUGUGGAGUUGAAAGUGUUUCUCUUUGUUCCCUUUAAGGCGUGGCUGUUGUGGGAACGACAGAAGUUCUGAUCUUCUUCCCUCGUGAUGUGGAUCUGAGUUUAGGGUUAAAGGUUAUAUUCUUCUAGCUUGUGUGUCACAGAUAUGAAGCCAUUGCAUGUGGGUCAGGCUUUCAGCUUCCAGGUCGGUCUCCACAGGUUCCCGCCCUCCUCGUGCACACCAGAUGUAAAAUGAUGUCCACGUGUUUCUGAAGCGCCUCUGAAACUCCUUCCUGCAGCUUGUCUCCUCCUCCUCCUCUUCCUCAUCCUCAUCCUCCUCAUCCUCACUGCUAACACCUGCUUCCAGGCUCAAUACAACACUAUGCAACUUUGUACAUUUUGCGUAGCGAGAACUUUAUUAUCUGAUACACUGGUGCUAAUAAUUAUUUCAAAUGUUAUAUUUUUGUGUGAAUGUUUUUUAUCAUGACAUAGUGAGGAAUGUGUUAUUUGUGUAAAUAUAUGCUUAAAGGAUUCAGGAGCGGCUGCUUUUAAGAACGAGCGAUGGCCCCCGAUCACAAUCACCUCCAGGUUCCAUAUAUAUAAAUAUCUGUGGUAUUAUUACUAUCAUAUGCUUGCUUGUAUACAAGGCUCCGUCGCUGCCUCACAGCGAUGCCAAUAUUUCAUUUGUGUUUCUGUUGGUUCUCGUAAGUGAACUGAAUAUUCUCAUUUAGUUGUUUUGAGCUUUCAGGACCUCUGAACUGAUCCGCUCGCCCUCAUGGAGACUGUAAGCUCGGCCACUCGUUGCUAUCCUAGUUUUAAUUAGUGUUUUUGUGCCUUAAUAUAAAGUUCAGAUUUAAUCACGCUCCACUUUUUAUCUCACACAAAUGUCCUUGUGUGCUGAAGCAGGGUUUGAAUAUAGUUUGACAUCAGGUCCUUAUCAGAGAAAAGUGCAGCAGCCAAUCAGCAGCUGCAUGUCAAAUAUGCAAUCAUGCCUGCAGCUCACAGAGUCCUGACGUGAACCAGGAGACGUUGAGACCCCAAAGUGUGAUGAGAGAGGUGUAGAGGAGGGUCUCCAGCUCAUAGAAACUGCCGGAUGCUAACCUGCAUGUUGGGACAUUCAAACAAACAGCACAAGUUGUGUUAAAUAGCAUUCAUGCAGACGAUGGUUUGGCAGAUUUGGACAGUUUUGGGAGUUUAUCGAGGAAGCUGAGUCCAUUUCUGACCUAAGGAUCAAAUAUUGCACUUCAGAGUCCCAUACAACUUUCAAAUCAACACAGAAUUUAUAACAAUCAGCGAGGGACUUCAAAUAUGACCUCUUUCUGCAGGGCCGUGGGAAGUAGGGGUGCUGAGGGUGCUGCAUCACCCCCUGGUGGAGGACAGGGGAUCUGCACUUCCACAA